CGGCCAUGGCUGGCUAUGGCGAGAGAUGGCGCAACCUCGACCAGGCACUGCGACGACGACGACAACGACGACCACCACCACCACCACUACGAAGAAGGAGAAGAAGAAGAAUUAGAGGAAGAAGAAGAAGCAUUGUGGGUUUACAAGACAGAUGAUGAUUCUGGCACAGCACAGCACAGCCACAGCACAGCCAUAGCUAAAUCAUGGUUUCACUCCACACCAGCUUCUAACACCCCUUCCUUCCUUCCUUCGUCUCCCUCCCUCACUCACUCCGCAUUCUUCUUCACUUCAAUCUAUCACUCCAACAUUUCCUCCAUCACAUUCUUUGGGCGGUUUUGUUUCUCCUCGCCCUUCGCCAUGCUGCUGCAAUCAUCGCGAACGUCUUUGCUUCUUCCCGUUUCGAAUCUCGCAUUUGCUCGUUCUCCUUCAAUUUUCCUGCCCCUGGGCCAAGAUGGGUUCACUCUGAGGAGGUCAAAUUUGACGCAGUCUUCGAAGGGGAAAUGGAUUCAAAUCGUGGCGAAUUCGGCAGCUGCGGCAGGAAUGCCUGUUUCUCGCACGGCUGAUCCUAAGAGCAUGCAGUUGCUAUUUGUCGAGAUGGGUACGGGAUACGAUCAGCAUGGGCAAGAUGUAACGGUGGCUGCCGUAAGAGCCUGUAAAAACGCCAUCAGUUCAAAUUCUAUACCUGCGUUCCGAACUGGUGCGCUUCCUGGCAUAACUUAUCAGCAAAUGAAAUUGAAGGUGAAACUAGGAGUCCCUAGCUCUGUGCAGAAGGAUUUGGACAUUGAAAAAGUGAAGGCUGUCUUCCCAUAUGGCGAGAUAUUGGAUGUGGAAGUUGUGGACGGAGGUCUUAUAUGCUCAAGUGGUGUUGCCCUGGAGGCUAUGGGAGACAAGAACGAUGACUGUUAUGUAGUUAACGUCGCUGUGUAUGUUGGCUACUAGAGCACAUAGCUCAUGACAGCUAGUUUUUCAGGUGAGAUUACACAUCCAUUGAUCUGCUUGUGUGAUAUGUGUCAUUCUAUCUUUGAAGAGUAGGCAUUUUCGAGCUCUUUGCUUUUUAUUGAACUGUCUGGAUAUUCGGUGAAGACAAAGCAUCACUGAGGAGGAACAGAGCAUUCAUGAGUUGUUGCUAGAAGAUUUUGUAGGUUGCUCAUAAACCCUUAUUUGUAGACACAAGCAUGGUUUCAAUACAGUUGAACGUCAGAAUUGGAGCUUGUGGUAUUUCUAAGUGGUGAAUAGAGGCAUAGCAAUCUUUUCUUCAUUCCUGUGGCCUUUUUUUCAUUUUGUGAAAACUUAUUGACAGUGGUGUGAAUAUGAAUUAUUUAUUUCCUUUGCUGCGUA